AUGACGAGACAUGCAAGACAAUCAUCAUCCACAACCACCACCACCACCACCACCAUAACCCUCGAAAACCCCGUUCCAUCGCAGACAACAACCUUAACGAUAACGCUCAAUCCACGGAAGAAGAAGGUGACGUGGAAAGAAGGCACUGUCGAUAACGAAUUUCUUCAAAAAAAGAGCUCCAGAAAAUGUUGCAUCUUCCACAAACAAAAACCCUUCGAUGAAGAUUCUAGCGAUGAUGAAGACUGUCAUGAUCUUGUUGCGGAUUCAAGGAGGAUGACGGAGCAUCCACGAGUUAGGAUGUUUUCAUGUUUUUGCGUUGUAUUUUCUGGAUUUAAAAGUGAUGAAUUGGGGAUGUUAUUAGGGUUUUAA